GUGCAGUGGGAGCCGUGGGUGGCUGAGCUCGCACCCUGGAGCCUCAGUCUCCGUUGUCGGAACAGCCCGUGGGGCAGCCACCAGGGCGGCAGCCAUGAACGGCACGGAGGGCCCCAACUUCUACGUGCCCUUCUCCAACGGCACAGGCGUGGUGCGCAGCCCCUUCGAGCAGCCGCAGUACUACCUGGCCGAGCCAUGGCAGUUCUCCAUGCUGGCGGCGUACAUGUUCCUGCUCAUCGUGCUGGGCUUCCCCAUCAACUUUCUCACGCUCUACGUCACCGUGCAGCACAAGAAGCUGCGCACGCCUCUCAACUACAUCCUGCUCAACUUGGCCCUGGCUGACCUCUUCAUGGUCAUCGGGGGUUUCACCACCACGUUCUACACCUCGCUGCACGGCUAUUUCGUCUUUGGACCCACAGGAUGCAACCUCGAGGGUUUCUUUGCCACACUGGGCGGUGAAAUUGCCCUGUGGUCCCUGGUGGUCCUGGCCAUUGAGCGGUACGUGGUGGUCUGCAAGCCCAUGAGCAACUUCCGCUUUGGGGAGAACCAUGCCAUCACGGGUGUAGCCUUCACCUGGGUCAUGGCGCUGGCCUGUGCUGUACCCCCACUUGUUGGCUGGUCCAGGUACAUUCCUGAGGGCAUGCAGUGCUCAUGCGGGAUUGACUACUACACGCUUAAGCCCGAGGUCAACAAUGAGUCAUUUGUCAUCUACAUGUUCGUGGUCCACUUCACCAUCCCCAUGAUCAUCAUCUUCUUCUGCUAUGGGCAGCUGGUCUUCACAGUCAAGGAGGCCGCUGCCCAGCAGCAGGAGUCAGCCACCACGCAGAAGGCAGAAAAAGAAGUCACCCGCAUGGUCGUCAUUAUGGUCAUCGCCUUCCUGAUCUGCUGGGUACCCUAUGCCAGCGUAGCCAUGUACAUCUUCACCCACCAGGGCUCCAACUUUGGCCCCAUCUUCAUGACCCUACCAGCUUUUUUUGCCAAGAGCGCCUCCAUCUACAACCCGGUCAUCUAUAUCAUGAUGAACAAGCAGUUCCGGAACUGCAUGCUCACCACCCUCUGCUGUGGCAAGAACCUCCUGGGUGAUGAGGAAGCAUCUCCCACCGCCUCCAAGACCGAGACCAGCCAGGUGGCCCCGGCCUAAACCCAGCCAGAGACUGUGGCUGACUGUAGGAGUCUUCUGUCCCCACUCACCCCAGCCACAGCCCCCACCAAGAGCAGUACCUGUUGGAAUGAGGUCAUACAGGCUCCCUCAGUGUGUGUUUGCUUGUUUAUUUUUAAUGAAUUAAAGAAAAACAAGGCUCCCUACUUACUUAGGGAUAGCCUGAGAAGGGACAUCUGUCCACCAAGACCCCCAAGCUGGAGUACCUAAUUCCCAGGGGCCAGCAGGAUCUGUACCCCUCCCCCAGCUUGUUUCUCAGGAACACAAAAAGUGCCCCAGCUUAGGGCUAAGUGUCUAGGACAGAACAGGGCACACAGUAGAUGCUUAAUAAAUGCUAGCUGGAUGAAGGGAGGAAUGAUGAAAUAAUGACUGGAGAUGUGACUGAGGGGAUGCAUGGGAGGGGCAUGUCUGUCUCCAGGUCCCUACCGGGCAGGUGCCAGUCAUGUUUGCCUGGCAUCUUUCAGCAGUUGUUUUUACCUCCCUGGUUUUGUUUUCUUUGCCCCUAAGGUGGGAAUCCCAAAUCCCAGGCCCCAACAGUGUAUGGCUGCUUUGAAGAC